AUGAAUAAUGGUUAUGGACUAACUAACACACCGAUCGCAAACACAAUAGCAUCCAAUCCUAUAAAUGGAAUAUCUACUUUAUCAAUGGCUAGUCCUAUAACAAAUGCUCCAAUGUAUGCUACAAUACCAAGCGAAACUAUUGUUCCUGGAACAGCUGCUAUUAAUACAGCAAAUGCAAUUACUGCAGGAGUGACAGGUUUGGAAGGAUUCUCUCUUGGUGGUGUACCAAUGUCUGGCGUUUCACCAAUGGGAUACGGUGAUGUGACUGUACUUGGUGAAUUACCAGUCGGUGGAUCUACAGGUGUUACGGGAAAUGUUCCUGUAAUAGGAUAUGUCACUUUCGAAGGAACUGUACCGGCAGGAGGUACAGUCACGCUAGCAAGUAACUGUGGAUGUUCGAACCCAACUAUUUAUUAA